CUCCCCUGCUGCGCCGAGCUAGCGAACGUACACUUGCAGCCGGCAGUCUCGAGAAUCACUUCCUUGUUUCGAUCCUCCCCCAAUUUUUCCUGUCGUGUUGAAGUUGUGGUGAUUUCAUUGCUUCCAAACAGCACAUUUAAGAUGCCAAGCUUCCCCAAAUAGGUCCAUGUUUCGUCAGAACAAGCCUACACGUUACACCAGUAGCUACAGUAGUCAGACGAGUUCCGCGUAGGGCUACAUGCUGUUGCUGCCGACGAGCUAGGUACCGUUAUCGUCCCGAUCCCCAACGGAGCUGAGGUAACGUGAAGCCUUGCCUACGUGAGUCGAAAGCCAGGCGUUGCAUCUGCACGCACGGCAUUUAUUAUUGUGGCACUGGUAGCCUGUGCCUGUCACCUAGUACCUGUGAAGAGAGUUCACCUGCAGCCUUAGUGCAGGCUUGGAAAUCUUCAACUCAAGCAGUCCUUCCCGGAUUUCGUUGAUGUACUUGUGUGCAUGAGUUUGUAUUUGCCAUCCACUGUCUAGUCUGUAGGCCAACAACAAAAGACCUUCAAGAUGAUGGGCAAACAGUAUAAUCGUAUGAAGCAGCUGGCUAAGCAAAACAUUUUGAGGGCAGAGAAGACAGAGGUCUUGAAUGAUGAUCUUCAACAGUGUGAGAAGAAAGUAGACAUUAUCAAGGAUGCUUGCCAAAAAACAGUGAAGAAGCUGUCGGCGUGCCUACAAGGAAGCGGCCAAGAUGUGGAGAAGAGAACGAGAAAACUUCCUCAUACAGUGCUGGGGCAGAGCAUGCUAGACUCCGGCCAAGCACUGGGUGAAGAUUCAGUCUUUGGGUUGACACUCGGUAAGACGGCUGAAAUAUGGACCAGUAUUGGCCAAGAUCUGACCAGCCACGAGAGGGGACUUGAGGAUCUUGUCAUUACCCCGUUCAGCGGACUUUUAGAUAAUGAAAUCCCAAGUAUAAUGAACCUGAAGAAGAGGCUGAACCGGCUGACCUUGGAUCUCGAUUCUGCCAAGGGCAGAUAUCAGACGGCAUCAAGUAAAGGCAUUGACAAGGACAACGUCACCAAGGUGGAGGCUAUAAAGGAGGAAAUGGAGCAGUGUCAAUUCAAGGUGGAUGCCUGCAAGGACACUUUGGCCACUGAGAUGAUGAGUCUGGUUGCUAAGGAUAGCAUGAUGGCAAGAUGCCUUGUGGAUAUGGUUGAAAGCCAGGCCCAAUACUAUCGCACCGUCCUCCUCCGUCUAGAGAAACUGAUCCCCGAGCUGAAUGCCAGCCUCCAAGAAGCCCCCAGCCAGGGCGUCUUUGGCCAUGCCCUGGAGGAUCACCUCAGGCUGCAAGGCAGGGAUAUUGCGUCCCCCUUGGAGAUGUGCAUCUGCUGGAUCAUGGAGUUGGGGAUGGACGAGGAGGGUAUCUUCAGGAUCGCCGGGAGUGCCUCCAAGAUGAAGAUGAUCAGGGCAGCUCUAGACGCAAACGUCGAGCUUGACAUGGAACUUGGCUUGGAGCAUGCAGCUGCAGGUGUGUUAAAACAGUAUCUGAGAGAACUCCCAGAACCCUUACUGACAUUUCCCCUCUACCAGGAGUUCAUUCAGACUAUGACAAUCAAAGACAAGGACCAGAAACUGCAGGCGCUCUGGGCGGUCAUCAACAAGCUUCCCAAAGCCAACUACAACAACUUCAGGUAUCUCAUCAAGUUCCUGAGCAAAGUCGCCAAGAGGAGCGACCACAACAAGAUGAACGCGUCCAACUUGUCUCUGGUGAUCGGCCCCAACUGCUUGUGGUCUGAGGAAGAUGGGGGUUUGUCCAUGACAAGCACCGGUGUUGCUUCCACCAUCAUUGAGAAUUUUAUUACCCAUGCAGACUGGUUCUUCCCAGAAGAUAUUCACUUCUCACCGUCAAGUUCAAAGAACAACUCAUUUUCAGAAACAACUCAGUCGAGUGUCGACAUGACUGAUCACCCCAUCCUGCCUGCUGUGACUACCAGCAACGCAGUGCCAGACAGCAAUUUGCCGCCUAGUCCGGGAGUCACCAUAACCGCGGCGCACCCUAGCCCCAGUCAGCCUGGUUCGGUGCCAGCAUCCUCCUCACCACAAAUUGACACCACUUCACCAAUGUCACAUCACCUAACUGAAAAAUUGAAGUCAUCCUCGUUACCUAGACGAUCGCUAAAGAAGAAUCCAGCUCCUCCCAUUCCAGGUGUGUCACCAACUCAAUCGCCCAACUCGUCCCUACCCAGAGACACCCCAGUACCGUCCUCGUCCACCCUCAGCGUCAACAACGUCAACGGCAAUCCACCCAGCCACCCGACGGAGAAGGUCACGCCCGAGCGACCGGACAGACCAUCAAAAGCCGACAAGCCCGCUAAACUUGAAAAGCCCCCCAAGGCGGACAAGCCGCCCGUGCUGGAGAAGCCAGGGCGGCCGCCAGUCCCUGCCAAGAAGAACAGCCAGGGACGUGAGUCUCGCGUGCCCAUCUCACCCCCGCCGUUGGUGGUUGCUGAUAACGUGCCACCCUCGCCGACGCUAAGACCUAAAUCCACGAGUCUUUCCCGGCCUACUAUAUCACCCCCUCCCCCACCGCCAUCACAGAAAAGUCGAAAGCCCGCGGAGAGUAUCGACAGUGAAUAUACACCAGAGGAGGCGACGCAAUUUUGAACAUGUACAUAUUGCAUUUGUUUUUAUAUCUAAAAAAAAGUAAGAGUUUGGCUGCUAUGAUGUGACUGCGUAAAUCAUUGUGUAUAAAAAGUUUCAUGACAGAAAUUUGAUGAACUGGCUCAAAUUGUUUCUUCUGAAUUUUUUUUUAUUCUCUUGUUUGAAUGGAUUCUGCACAGAUUUGCAUUUGGAAUUUUACAAUCAGAAUCCACGCAAGAACCUUUUUUUGUUCUGUGAGACGGAAGUCAUUCUGAAGAGACUGUACAUGUAUAAAGGAAGUUGUUGCAUUUUAAUUCCAAAAGCUGAUGUUAAGGCUUACUUUAGAACUGAUUAAGGAAAUAUAUCGAAUCAUGCAAAAUAGUACACGUGCCACUGAAGACCUUUUUUGUUAUUCUUCGAAUGUACUUAGAUGUGAUUCUGUGGUAUAUAAAUUUGGCAAUGGGAAUGUAAUUUGGAUUAGUACUGUGUUGUGUACAUGCACCUUAAUUUGUACAUAUACAUGCAGGCCAUCAUGUACUAUGACAUACUGGCACAAUGUAUAUAUUUGCAUACUUUUAUAUUAGUUUAGAAUUCGUUGUUAUCGAGGGAGAAAGCAAAAUUAUGUACUAAAUGUAAAUGGGUGAGCAUAUAUGAACUUCAAAGGCAACAGUAUUUGUGCAUAUAUGCCGCUAUUGAUAUUGUUCGGAUACAUCCAGGAUAAAAAUGAUGCUGGUUUUUCACUGCAAUUAAACUGUGUCAUGUGGUUCUCCAAACGUGCUUACUACAUGUACGUCAAGAUGGAAGUAAAGUUUGGGAAGAAUGAAACAUUGUUGAAGUUUUGUGGUAUGAUUUGUGUUCAACUAAAGGUUCAUCAGGACUAAUUAGCAUUCUUUGAAUACUGUUGGGGGGGACGAGACUGAACAGUGGCAAUACUAUUGACCCAGUUAUGGUCAAAUAGCAAAUUGGAAUCAAAACAGUCAUUUAUUUGAAGCACCUAAGUGUAAAAUAACUGGGGUUUUUUCAUAAUCUCAGCCGUGUUUCAUUCCCAUUUUUAUCUGAUAUGUCAGUUUCGAAAAAUGGGCAUAUUGAAAGCAAAGGUUUUUAUCACUAAAAUGGCACAAAUACACCCCAACCUCUUUUAUUUAUUCCUGCAAAAGAGUGAUGUUCAAAGGAAUUGCAGUAUUGCAUCGAGCAGCUAUAAAUGACUGUAUUGGGUGUUCAGACACAAUGUACAAUAUAUACAUGCAUGCGUUAUACUCCGUCAGGCUAUUGUAGCAAUAUUCCUCACUUCUUGCAAGACACAGAAUCAAGGCCGUUGCACAUUGCAGGCAGGAACUGCAGAUAUUUAAGAAGAAAUGUAUAAGUCGUCUUUGUUUGAACCCUCCCUUUCCGAAUGUCCAAUUUGCCAAGCAAUCACUUGUCCAUGUAUCAUAUUACCUUAAUUUUAUAUGAGAAGUGAUGCCGACUGUCAAGUCAACGAGGAAGCGUGUUUUUGUAACGUCUCUAUUUGCCACAUUUGCAAUGUGGAAAUCAAGUCAUGCAGUGAUUGGUCUUCCUAAUAGUACUGAAACCAAUUAUAAGGGGCAUUUCGUUCCGUAUUCAAAACAGAGAAUGCAAAGUAUUUCCAAUCAUGUUAGCCAUGGAAAUUAUGCUCCAUAACGUGCUUACUUAUAUGUAUACACGUGCGGCACACGUGCGGCAGAGCGUGAAGUGAACGUCAGUCCUUACUUUUAGGGCACUUCUACAUUUUUGUUUUUCUCACUUUUGAACUUCUUUCAUGUGUCAGUCCUUUGCAGCUUUGGGAAGUCUUCGUUCUUUUGCACAGUGGAAGGAUUGGGAAGUUAUUUUCUGAAAGAUGAUGCUAGAAAAUGUCAAAUUCUUACCUGUUUUGGCAGUAGAGGAGAUGAAUAAAACUUAUGUUACACAGUCGCAGGGUCCUACUAGUAAGGAUGGUGUGUGUGAAUGCCGCCUGUGUUCUGGGAAAACUAGUCUUAUCUCGGAAUAGAUGGACAGCUGAUCAGCUUAAACACUCGCUUCCUUAAUUUGAAGGCUGUAAAGUCACUAAUGUUGAUUAUUCUGAUGUUAAUCAGAAGAAAAGUAACGAGACAAUUUCAGAGUUACAGCUGAGGCCAGUUACAUGCAGCUGUUAAGCCAAGACGUUUGCCAAGCAAAGUAUUUGCAGAGGAAAAGCUGGUUAUUAGUUUUUUAAAGUAGUUAUUUGCACACUGCGUGUGAGGUUUUCUUUGGUUUUUCUUUCCUCUAUUCAGUAGACCUUUGAAAGGCACAAGAAGUCUGCUAUUUGUGUAAAAUCAUAUUGAAAUUGGAGGACUUGGGACUGUUGGGGCUUUUAGGGCUUAACCCCAACGGUCCCAAAUCCUCCAAUUUCAGUAUGAUUUUAUUUUAGGGGGAAAGAAAAAUCUUUCUGCUGACUGGCUGCAUGAAAUUGGACUCUGGCAUGAUUGCAUAGUGAAGUGUUGCUUACAAUAUUGUUUACCUACCCUCAUGUCGAUUAGCGUACGGACAUUGCCUUGAAUGGCAGUCUCAAGAUUAUACUCUUAAAAAUGUGGUAUUGUUUCCUUUCUUUAAGCCCUUUAAUUUUGCUUUGUACCAAAUGGGUGUUGCAUUUGGAAGAAUUAUUAUUUUAAAUCAUAACUUAUUCGCAUAUGCCGUAUUUCCACAAUAAAAGUCACAGUAGGGCCCUGUUGGGGUUUGGUAACACGA